AGGAACAUCUCCCUCUUUUUCUGGAGAGAGCACAGGAGAGAAAAUAUACCUCACCCUCUCCUAUCUUCAACAACGUCACCCCUCUCAAAUAUAAACGCGCACAAAAAAGUCCCCACCAAAACUUUUUUUCCUUUUUAAUUUUUCACUGUGAAUUUGAGUGACUUCCCUUUGAUUUUGCCAUUGGGGUUCAUCCCAUCCCUGCAGCUAUCAUCAUCGCCUCCGUCUUCAGCAUCAUCAUCCAGAACUUCUUUUUCCAUUUGCCACGAAGCCAAACAUGUACUUGGAAAACAAAACCAAUCUAGAGAUCGAGAUGUCUCAGACUGCGGCCCAAGAUCAUCAGGGCAGGAACAGUCUGAGGUCACCAGAAGCUGUCGCGGGAAACUUCGGAGAGCUGCGUCUGCUGCAGGGCAUCUCGGAGAGAGGGGACACGCAGAAGCUCCAGCAGUCUGCCGUCCUGCCGUCAGGACAGUCAUGUGUCAUUCAUGCAGAGGACAGUUUCAGGCACAACUUCAGUGCUGUUAACUUUCUACGUGGGAAAACAAAUUCAGUCCAGCUUACAGAGAGGACGCCCCUGCUGAGAUUUCCUCAAAAUGACAGUAUAACCUACAUGAGUCUGCAAGACCCCAACUUUGGAGUGGAAGAAACCUGGGAAAACGGCGGCCUGGACAUCGAGAGACGAUAUCGGCUGGGCAGUGAGGUCACCAGCCUGUCGUGCUCUAACUCCACGGAAAAGAGCGAUAAUCUAGAGAACUUCAAUCUCAACUUCAGACUCAACAGCAGUGUCAAAUGCUGUCUGAAAAUCUCCAAAAUUGCCACAAUUUUCACGAUAGUGGUUCUCUGCAGUCUGUUCUUCAGUAUGUAUCCGGAUCGGGACAACCCCUGGAGGAUGUUGGCGGUCUCUCCGACAGAGAGCUUCUCAAUGAAUGUGACAGACUUUGGGGAUAAUGCUCUGUUGAAGCUACAGGUGGCAGGGCCUUUUGCAGGAGGAAUGUUAGAUCCGCCUACCCAGGAAUACAUCCUGAUCCAGGUGGAGCAGACUGAGCAGCCGGGACAAAGGAGGAGGAGGACUCAACAGGUGACCCAUAAUUGGACCAUCCCUCUACAUGCUAAACGAAGUGACCAGAUCGUGGUUACAAAAACCUUUGAGAUGAUCAGCAGCGACUCUAUAGUCAUCACAGCUCAGGCCUUCCUGCUGGACAGUGAGGUGGUGCCUUUGUCCAUGACCCACCAGUCGCUCUUUGUCACCAUGGAGACACAGGUGGCCAUCGCUGGCAUCAUCCUGACUGGGGUCUAUGUUCUCAUCAUUUUCGAGAUUGUGCACCGCACCCUGGCUGCCAUGCUGGGAUCCUUAGCAGCCCUGGCUGCUCUGGCCAUCAUUGGAGAUCGGCCCAGCCUGGUUACUGUGGUCGAGUGGAUCGACUACGAGACACUGGCUCUUCUGUUUGGGAUGAUGAUGCUUGUGGCCAUAUUUUCAGAGACCGGCUUCUUUGAUUACUGCGCAGUGAAGGCUUACCAGUUAUCUCGAGGAAGGGUGUGGCCCAUGAUCAUCAUCCUCUGCCUCAUUGCUGCCAUUCUGUCUGCUUUCCUGGAUAAUGUGACCACGAUGAUGCUUUUCACCCCUGUGACCAUCAGGUUGUGCGAGGUGCUUAAUCUGGACCCUAGACAUGUCCUGAUUGCAGAAGUAAUCUUCACCAACAUUGGAGGGGCUGCCACAGCUGUCGGAGAUCCACCCAACGUGAUUAUCGUGUCAAACCAGGGACUGCGCAAAGAAGGGAUCGAUUUUGCCAGUUUCACGGGGUACAUGUUCCUGGGAAUUUGCCUCGUCCUUCUUACCUCCUUUCCUUUCCUACGGAUGCUCUACUGGAACAAAAAGCUUUACAACAAAGAGUCAAUUGAAAUAGUUGAGCUAAAGCACGAGAUCCUGGUUUGGAGGCAAACGGCUCAGCGUAUCAACCCUGCCAGCCGCGAGGAGACGGCCGUCAAAUGCCUUCUGAUGCAAAAAGUGCUCAACUUGGAAAAUUUGCUGCGCAAGAUGAUGAAAACUUUCCAAAGACAAAUAUCCCAGGAGGAUAAAAACUGGGAGCAAAAUAUUCAGGAACUGCAGAAGAAGCACAGAAUAACUGACAAGGUCCUCUUGGUGAAGUGUGUAUCUGUGCUGGGAGUCGUGAUCUUCAUGUUCUUUCUGAACUCCUUCAUUCCCAGCGUUCAUCUUGAUCUUGGUUGGAUCGCUAUCCUGGGUGCACUUUGGCUUUUGGUUCUGGCUGACAUCCAGGAUUUUGAGAUCAUCCUGCACCGGGUGGAAUGGGCCACACUGCUCUUUUUUGCUGGCCUCUUUGUUUUGAUGGAGGCUUUAGCCCAGCUGCAGCUUAUCGACUUUAUCGGAGAACAAACAGCACUGCUGAUAAAAGCGGUGCCAGAAGACCAGCGGCUGGCUAUAGCCAUCAUCUUAGUCAUGUGGAUAUCGGCACUGGCUUCCUCUCUCAUUGACAACAUUCCCUUCACGGCCACCAUGAUUCCAGUUCUCAUCAACCUGAGUCAGGAUGCAGACGUGAACCUGCCAGUGAAGCCUCUUAUCUUUGCCCUGGCCAUGGGAGCCUGUCUCGGUGGAAAUGGCACAUUGAUAGGAGCGUCAGCCAACGUUGUUUGUGCAGGAAUCGCUGAGCAACAUGGAUAUGGCUUUUCUUUUAUGGAGUUCUUCAAGUUGGGAUUCCCCAUGAUGAUAAUGACAUGUAUGAUCGCCAUGUGCUACCUGCUGGCCACCCACAUCGGACUGGGGUGGAACAUGUAAACACACACCUGCUGUGCCCAGCCAAAGAGACUGCGUGUGUCUGCGAGCGUGCUUGAGUGUGUACGUGACCUUCCCUUGAAAAGUUUCAGCUCACUGUAACAUGAUGUGUAACCGACUGACCCACCAGGUUACAAUAUAUCAAGCACUGCAACCUUAUCUACAGUUUUUUUCAAACACCGGGAAGUGUCUUUGAGCAAAAUGUGGAACAUCAGGGACCAGAUUUACAGGAGCUUUGACCAAAACUUUGAAACUAUGAAAUGUUUCUUCACUGCUCCACUUCACAUCGGUGAACAUGGUGCUAUUGCCUCAGCGGGCAUCAUAGUUGGUGUAAAUGAUCCCAGCUCUGGCUUCUGAGGUUGUUUCUUUCGAAAUUAAUGUGGCCUGUUUACAAAAAGCAUCAAAUCAUUACUUUAGGCUCAGAUAUAUUUCGAUUACAGACAUGUUCAGAGAGCUAAUAAUAAUUAGUUUCACCCAGGGCUUACCAAACUCAUAUUAAAAAAAAAAAAAAAAAUCAUAACACCCAGUGAAAGGGAUUUUGUAAAAGUUUGUCUAUUUUUCAUUGUUGUACUCCCAAAUCUAAAAACUUUAACAUUAAAAAAUUUAAGUAGCACCAGCUUCACUGCUAAAGAAUAGAUGAUUGAAGAAAACACAAUCUUUAACUGACUCAGCCCAGUUAAUCAAAUUUAUCGUAGUAGUAAUUAUCACUUGGAAACACGUGGAACGGAUAGCGUUCUUGUAUUUAUUGUACAACCAGAUAACCUGAAUAUGAUCUGCGUUUGAUCAAUUAAACAUGAACAAUAAUGACUGUCAUGGCUCUGGAUUUUAUUUCUCUGAGCGAGUCAUUAUUAUUUAUAGGUAUUAGGCAUCACUUUUUAUUUAAUAUUCAAAACUCUUCAUGCUUAAAUAAGGAAUAUUGAAAUAAGUUUGUUACAUUUCCAAAGACAUUCAUGUUUCUGUAAUGACUUUGCUGGUAGCUCGUGUCUGACGGAUGAGGUCUCACCAUCAUCUCUUCAUUGUCAAGGACACUUCAUGUGCAGGUUUGUUUUCAUCAAAACUGUCCCGUAAAGGAAUAAAAAUCAAUAAAAGGUUUUAUCUCCUGAGAAUCAAAUAUGUCAAAGUCUGUAUUCAAGUCUAUUCUCACUAAUAUAAUGAAUGAGUUUAGAAAAAUGUUUUCAUGUUCUGUCCGUAAUGUUGAUUUUGCUGGAGCACAAAGUUGUAGCCAUGACAACUGACACAGUGUCAGAUACGGAUGUUGUUGCAAAAAAGCCACGUAAUGUAAACGGUCACUGCGUCACACACAUCUGACCUUCUUGGUGCUCCUAACUCCAAGUAUCAGACCAGAUGGUAGAAAUCUUACCAGGGUUGAGAAAUGCCAGAAAAAAAAGAACAGAAAAAGGCAUUUAAGCUGAACUUAA